GAGGCAGUUAUUUCUUCAUAACACCAGGAUGUUAUGUCAUACGACUAAGUUCAAACUCUAUUUAUAAGCGUCUAUAUUUAGGACAACCACCACAGCAUCGACCUCUCCCCUCCCACUCCAUUAUCCCGUUGUUUCCCUUCAGCCUCCCUUUUAAAAAGUAGAACACAUGUUUGACUAAUGGCCGAGUUUCUCUGUCAAAUGAUAUCUGCUGUUGUUUCCAGGAGGCUGUAGCGCACCUGGAGCAGGGCAUGCAGGCGGAGAGGCAGUGCACCCAGCUGGUGGAGCAGCACGAAGCAGCCCAGGACUGGCUGAGGGAGCACGUUAAAUGCCAAGGAGCUCCUCCAGAGGACAGACGGGGUCUGCACAACGCUGUCAACACUCUGAAGGCCUUGCUGCAGACAGUGGAUAGGGAGCAGCGAGAGAUGAAGGAGCUGGACUCUUCCAGAGACAGUCUGCUGAGCCUCUGCACCCCAGGAGGUCAGGAUGCCCUGACCCUGGAGGUCAGGCAUCUCCACGACCUCUGUGCCACCUCGGAGCGGGAGGUGAGGGAGCGCCUGGUGGCCUGUGAGACGCGGCUGGAGGAGCUGGACGGUCAGCUGGCGAGGAGGGCCCAGGGGCUGAAGGAGAGAGCUGCAGCCCUGCAGUGGGAGCUCCGCUCUCUGGAUCAGGCGCUCGGUUACAGCGAACCGCAGAACAACAUCGCUCAGCUCCAACAGCACUGGCACAGCCUUAAGAACUGUGAGAAUUCUCUGAAGGAUUUGGAUGUGAAAGUUAAUGACCUUCACCAGGAAGUAAAGUCUACACCUGCCACUGACGAGCUGCCAUCAGAAAUUAUGAGUCUGGUGAAGUCCUUAUCCCAGCAGCACGACAGUCUAAAGUCCAGGCUGAGUGACCAUCAGGAGACGUGCUCUACAAACACAGCUCGCUGUCUGAUGGACUGUCUUCACGCCCUGCAGGAAUGGAACUACAGCAAACCAUCAGAGUCCAUUUCUUCUGUGCAGGCGACGUUAGAGGAAGGUGAAAAGUUGCAGGCCAGCCUGAGGGAGGCGCUUUCCCACCAGUCGUUUCUAACAGAAUGUUUGAUGCCAGUCUUGUCUGAGAAACUCCUGAGCCAGGGUUCAGAGACACUCAGAAAAGCAGACACGCACAAGGCUUCUCUCAACCAGAGCUUAAAGAAACUUGAUGGAAAGAGUAAACAAAAGCUGCCUGAUGUCCUUCCUGGUAAUCAAGAGGAAACAAAGACAUCUGUAGUGGCACCACCACGGAAAAGCAAGCGCUCACCUGAGAAAAAACAUCAACAGAAAAACAUUCCCUCAACAGAAGAAUGUACAUCUAUUGAGGAUGAAUUGUCAGUUUCAGCUGAGCUAAAAAUUGAGGCUAAAACAUUAAAGCCUGCUGUGACAGCAGUCAUUGAAGACAUAACAGUUGCUGGUGCGGAGCAAACCAGAAUUGAAUUGACAAAAAAUAAAUCUCAGAGUCCAACCAAUCCUUCAGAACCCUUUACAGCUCAACGUUUCAACACUUCUGAAGAAUCACUGUUUAAAAGUAUAAAGCCAGAUACCUCAGCUGAGCCAGUUGGUGCCGAGCAAAUUAAACCUGCUGUUGAAGAAUCUGUACUCAUCCAAAAGGUCAUUGAGCAGUCGGCACCUGGUGUUGGUGAGAAAACUACACCUGUACCAUCCAGGAGAAAGUCAAAGACUUUGGCCACUGAUACAGAGCCUUCCAAGACUAAGGUGGAGCCCGAAAUGGUGAAAACUAUUAUUACUCAAGGGUCACCCAGAAAUCCAAUCGGAACUGCUGCUGUAGAAGAAACAAAGCGUAUCACAACCAUUGUUCUAGAUGUAUCAGAGCCAUUCACGUCUGCCCCUGUGACAACUGACACUAAGUCAGUCACAGAGCAAGCUGAGACCAUGGUUGUUGAACAGGCCAAGCUUGGACCUACCAGUAAAGAGUCAAAGAGUACAGACGUGUCCUUAAAGAUUACUGUUUCAAAACCUGCACAGAUCAAAAGUGACGCUGAGAAUCUGAUGUCUCUCCAAACUUCAGCGCUUAUCACAGAAGCAGAUGCUGGGCAACCUAAGUCUGUACGAAAAGGACAAGAGUCCAAGACUUCCAAAUCUUCCACAACUUCUGAACCAGUUUCUGAGUUCAAGGAAACUAAGAAAGAACCUGAGAAAGGGAAGACUUCUUCAACUGCUCAGGGGAUCUCACAGCCAGUAGAAACUGCUGUUAAGGGAGAAAGUAAGCUCUCGCCAACAAAGUCAAAGAGUCCAAAACUUUCCCCAGAAUUUUCUAACAAGGAGAAAACACUGACCGUGGAAAAGUCCAACAGUCAGAUGUCUUUACUGAGAUCCAAGGAGCAAACUGAAGCAGCUGUUGUGGAGGAAGAAGCUAAGGUUAUAACAACCAGGAGAAAGUCAAAGAGUCUUGUCGUUUCCACUGUUCCAGAGCCAGUGUCAGCCGUUGAAAGAACUACAGCUGUGGUGAAAAAACCUGAGAAGUCUUCAUCCUCAGAGUUGGCUCCAGCUCCAACUAAAACUGCUGUUUUGGAACAAAGUGAGGUUUUACCACUAAAGCAAAAGUCAACAACACCCGACCAGCAGGCAGCACAGAUGACAGAAGAACCUGAAAGUCAGAGAACUGCUUUCAGUUUCAGGGAACAAAAAUCAAAGAGUGCUGAACUUACCACAACUUUGCAGCAAAUUGGUGCCGAUAACAUAACUACUAAUGUUGAACCUGAAGAUAAUAAGAAAGAACCUGACUGCCUGAAGUCUUCUUCAACUCCACAGGUGGUUACAGAACCAACUGAAACUACUGUCGUGAAAGAAAAGAAGCUUUCUCCAACCAAAAGAAGACCACAGAGUCGAAAGCUCUCUUUAGAACAAGCUACCAAAGAGGUGGCAGCGACUAUGCAAGAGCCUGAAAGUCAAAAGCCUACAUUGAGCUCCAGGGAGCAAAAUGAAACUUUUGCUGUGGAAGAAACUAAAGUUACACCAACCAGAAGUAAAUCAAAGGGUAUUGAGGUUUCCACAGUCCCAGAGCCAAUGUCUCCCCUUGGUAGAAUUACUGUUGUGGAGCCGAAGGAAACAAAACAAGAACCUGAAAAUGUUCAAGGGCAAGCCAAAACUGCUGUUGUUGAACAAAUUAAGCUUCCACCACCCAAGAGAAAGUCAAAGAGUACAGAAUCACCUCUUAAACUAGCUGACACUGAGGCACCUCAGACAAAGAUAGAAACUGAAGAUCAAACAUUUUGCUUGAGUUCCAAUGGCCAAAGUAAAAGUAUUGUUAAGGAAGAAGCAAAGCGUGUGCCAACCAGAAGGAAGUCAAAGAAUGGUGACCUUUCAACAACUUCCGAGACAGUUGUUACCCAUAGAUCACCUGAUGUGGAGCCUGAAAGAAAUAAGAAAGAACUAGACGGUCAAAUGUCUUCAACUCCAGAUGUGGUCAUGGGGAAAACUGAAAGUACUGCUGUGGGAAAAGCAGAGCUUUUACCUACCAAAGAAAAGUCAAAAAGUCUUAAACUUUCCUCUGAACUGACAAAGACAAAAGAAGAGCAUGACAGUCAGAGGCCAUCUUCAACCCCAGAGGUGGUCACAGCAACAACUGAAGUUACUGUUGUGGAAAAAGGUAAACUUUCACCAACCAAAAGAAGGUCAAAGGGUAUCAAAAUUUCUCCAGAUUUUGCUAGCACAGACCGGACAAAGACCAAGGAACAGCCUGACAGUAAGAAGCAAUCUUCAACUCAAGAGUUAAUCCCAGAAACAACUGAAACUACUGUUGUGGCAAGAGGAGAGCUUUCACCAACCAAAACUAAGUUGAAGGAAUUGAAACUAUCCCCAGAACUUGCUACCACAGAGCUGACAAAGACCAAGGGAGAGCCUCACAGUCAAAAACCAUCUUUAUCUCUUGAGGUGGUCACAGCAACAACUGAAAUUACUGUUGUGGAAAAAGGAGAGCUUUCCCCUACCAAUGGAAAGUCAAAGGGUCUUAAACGCUCUCCAGAACUUGCUACCGUAGAGCUGACGAGGACAAAGGAAGAGCCUGACAGCCAGAGGCCAUCUUCAACUCCAGAGGUGAUCAAAGCAACAACUGAAGUUACUGUUGUGGAAAAGGGAAAGCUUUCACCAACCAAAAGAAAGUCAAAGGGUCUUAAACCUUUUACAGAACCUGCUUUCACGGGUUUAUCUCAAACCAAGGACGUGCCUGAUAGUCAAAUCAUGGAUAAACAACCACAUUCCGAGCUUCAGGGGCCUAAAACUCGAUCUAAAGAGGCCACAGAAGAAGCCAUUACCCAGUCUACAAGUACAGCACCUCAAACACAACCACCUCUUUCCACCGAGCCCAGUGGUUUGUCAGACUACAUAGCAAAGUUAUGGGAAAACACAGUUGAGGGUCAGAAGAGAUAUCUUGUCCUCGAUCUGCCUGAGAUUGGUGCAACCCAGACAUGUGAGAUAAAGCCAGAUCAGCAAGAGGCAGAAGGUGUGGCUAUAAGUGACUCCACUCAACCUAACUCUGCUGCUUUUGCAGUGGCGCUGCCUCAUAAGGCAGAGACAGAACUUUCAGAAAUAAGCUCACCCAAGCAAGACUUAAUGAAACCAAGUGAAACUGUGAGUCAGUUGAGGCUCACUCAGGAAAGACCCAAAGAGAAAAAGGAUUAUGAUGUUCAGGGAGAGCAUUAUAAAGUGUCUACACAUGACGUGUAUGAUGCACCUAAGAGUCUGGAUGAAAAUUCUGUUAAGAAAAUCCACUUGGAGCCUGAAGUGCACAUUAUACAGCUAGAUUUACAGGCCAGUCCAGAUGAGGGUGAAAACACAUCCUUCACAAGAGCAAAAACAAUGAAUCCACUUCAAACAAGUAUCCAGAGUGAAAGAGUACCAGAAAACAAAGAUAUGACCGCUGCUGAUGUGAAGCCAGAGAAGGCUGCAGUUAAGAUGACUACAAUAAAAGUGCGAGAAAGCCGUGCUGAAUGUCAAGACAAUGUUACUGAAAGGGACUCUGCCCAACCAACUCCUGCUUGUGAAGCAUUGCCCUCAGAUGAAGCAGGGACAGAAUUCAUAGAAAUUAGCAUAUCUGAGCAAGAUAUGGUGAAACCAAGCCAAACCGAGACUCAAAGAGGGCUCUUUAAAACCAAAAAGGAAAGACCCAAACCUGUCAAGGAACAUGGUGUCAGUGAACAGUAUUCUACACUCUUGACACAUGGCAUGGACAAUGAACCCAGGAGCUUUGAAGAAAAAUCUGAGAGGAUGGAGAAACUCCCCAUGGGUACUGAAGUGUGCAUCCUACAACUAGAUAUACCGACCAGUCCGGAGAAGGAUGAAAAGACAUCUGUCACAAGAGCAAAAGAGCUAAGAAUAGAUAUUGUUCAAACAAGUAUCCAGAGCGAAAGAUUGCCAGAAAACAAAGAUAUCACGACUACUGAUGUUAAGCCAGAAAAAGCUGCUGUUGAAAUGACUAAGAUGAAGGUGCAACAAAGUAGUACUGAACAUCAAGACAAUGUGACUCAAAGGGGCUCUGCUCAACUCAAACCGUCUGGUUCUGAAACAUUGCAACCACAUGAGACAGAAUUGAUAGAGAUAAGAUUAUAUGAGCAAGAAACGGUUAAACCAAGCCAUACCGACACUAAGAAGGAAAUCAUGAAAACUACACAGGAUAGAGCUACAGAGUUCAAGGAACAUGGGGUCCAAGAAGAGCAUCCCAAAGUGUCAACACCUAUUAUGCACGAUGUACCCCAAAGUCUACAUGAAAAGUAUUUGAGGAUGGAGAGAAUCCACAUGGGCCCUGACGUGCGCAUACUACAACUAGAUUUACCGACCAGCCUGGAGAAGGAUGCAAACACAUCAGUCACAAGAGCGAAAGAGCCAAGGAUAGAUAUUGUUCAAACAGGUAUCCAACGUGAAAGAACCCCAGAAAACAAAGAUAAUACUAAAUCAGAGAAGACGACCUGUAAAACACAAGUAGAAAUGCAACAAAUCACCACUGAAAGGCAAGAUAAUGUAGUUGAUUUUGCAGAAGUGAAGCCAAAUGAAGCAGAGAUAACAUCCGCAGGAGUAAGGUUAUCACAGCAAAACCCUGUAAAACCAAGCGAAACAGUGAUUAAACUAGAGCUUGUGAAAACCACAAAAGAAAGACUCACAGAGGUCAAGGAUCGCAAUGUGCAAGAAGUGCAUGCUAAAGUGUCAAAAAAACACUUGCAUGAUGCACCCCAGAGCCCGGAGGAAAAGUCUGUUAAGAUGUCUCAAGAGUUGGUCACAGCAACAACUGAAAUAACUGUUGUGGAAAAAGGAGAACUUUCACCGACAAAGGCUAAGAGUCUUAAACUUUCUCCAGAUCUUGCUACCAAGGAGCUGGCAAAGGCCAAGGAAGAGCCUAACAGUCAGAAGCCAUCUUCAACUCCACAGGUGGUCACAUCACCAACUGAAAUUACUGUUGUGGUAAAAGGUGAACUUUCACCAAUUGAGAGAAAGUCGAAGGACCUGCAACUUUCCCCAGAUAUGGCGGCCACAGAGCUGACGAAGACCAAGGAAGAGCCUCACAGUCAGAAGCCGUCUUCAACUCAAGAGGUGCUGACAGCAACAACUGACACUGCUAUUGUGGAAAAAGGAGAAUUUGUACCAACCAAAGGAAAGUCAAAGGGUCUUAAACUUUCUCCAGAAGUUGCUUCCACAGAGCUGAUGAUUACCAAAGAAGAGCCUGACAGUCAGAGGCCAUAUUCAGCGCCAGAGGUGGUCACAGCAACAACUGAAAUUACUGUUGUGGAAAAAGGUGAACUUUCCCCAACCAAAAUAAAGUCCAAGGGCCUCAAAAUCUCUCCAGAACUUGCUACCAUGGAUAUGAUCAAAACCAAGGAAGAGCCUGACAGUCAAAGGCCAUCCUCAACUCCAGAGAUGGUCACAGAGACCACAGAGAUUACUGUUGUGGAAAAAGGAAAGCUGUCACCAAGCAAAAAGAUGACAACGGAUCUGAAACUUUCCUCUGAAUUUCCUACCAAAGAGCUGAUUGAUGUCAAGAAAGAAACUGACAGUCAGAAGUCUUCAGUAGAUUCCAGAGAGUCAACUGAAUGUCCAAUUUUGGAGGAAUUUACCAUACCAGCCAGAAGGAAGCCAAGGCGUCUUGAUGUUUCCACAGCUGAAGAGCAUGUCUCUGCUCCUGGUGGAAGUAUUGAUGUGGAGGCUAAGGAAGAAUACAACAGUGUGAAUGUUUCAACUGGACAGGUUUGCGAGGCGGACAAGAUAUCCCCCCCAUCACUGCAGGCAGUUGUGAAAUCAUCAACUGACAUUAUCUGCGGCGAGGUAACUUUGGUGGAAGGAUUGCCCUCUUGGGACAACAAAGCUCAAGCAGAAGCUGAUGUUGUGAAGACUGAGGAACUUCUCCUGGAGGAACCAGAGGCACCAGAGGGAUCCACCACGAGGAACAUCUUCACACAAAUACAGCUACUCUCUGGGAAAGGACCCAGCAGUCAACUCAUUGAGGGUAAACCUUUGGAGGAUGCUCCAGAGGCUCUGAUUACAUCCAGCUGUGAUCUGGACAACCGCCUAAGAAGGCUGGUGUCUAAAGUCCUGAGCUGCAAAAACUACCCUGCUGAGCUCAACCGAACAGCGAUGGCCCAGCAGCUGGAGGAGGCUCAGGAGUGCCGAGAGGCCGCCAAGGCCCAGGUGUUAUUGCUCUCUCUGCUGAGGGGAGCUGAUGCUGAGAACAAGUAUGCUCUGGAGCACGUGGAGGACCAGUGGAGUACUGCUGCUCAGGAUGCAGCUGCUGUUGUCCAGAGCAAAGAGGCCCAGCUGCAGCUGGUGAACGAUUACUGCAGACAGACCCAAACAGCCAAGACCACACUGCAAAGACUCACAGCAGAACUGGAGGCUGUCAGAACGUCCCCAGAGGAGAGCAGCUCGAAGGAGGCAGAGCGACUAUGCUCCCUACAGAGAAGUAUAGAGGAGAACAGAACAGUACUCGGGGAGUUGCUUCUGACCCAUACCAAGUUAAGCCCAAACCUCAGCUGGUCUGAGCGAGCAGCCGCACAGACUGAGCAGAAUAACCUACAAGAGAAGUGGAGAGGCCUGGAGAGAGCUGUAGAAAGGACGCUGUAUCACACAAAUGUCCAUUCUCACAACACCAGCAGCCUUCUGUCGACAAUAUCAGGUCUUCAGGAACAUUUGGAGACAAUCGGCAAAGACCUUGAGUCUUCCUCAGUUACUCAGUGGACCUGCAAGAAGGCGCAGCAGCUGAUGGUUGCAAAUGCUGAGGUUAAAGCUGCCCAGCAGAAAUCCCUCCAUUUGCAGCAGCUGUCUGAGGCGUUCCUCCUCAGGUCACAGAGGGAGAAGGAUACAACAGAGAUACAGCAGGGGCUUCAGAGGGUCAAAAAUAAACUUUGCUGCACAGAGGAACUAGUGUCCUCUCAAACUCAGAACAGCAGCAGUCCCAUCAUGGAGAAAAUUAUCCUGGUGAUGAGGGAUGGCCUUGCUUGGGCGAAGACUACAGAGAGUGACAUUGAAGGUAGGAGGAAGAGGGUGGCUCUCCUCCCUGAGGAGGUGCACCGCCAGCUCAGAGAUCUGAAGAAGCUGCAGUCCGAGGUCAUGGCCAAACAAGGCCAACUGGAGUCACUGGCGGAGGAGGUGAAGGAGCUCCUUCCGCAGCUGGACCAGGCCGAGGAGGUGCCCAUGGUGCACUCCUCUCUGAAAUCCCUUGAAGAACUCUCAAAGUCGACCACAGAGAAGCUAGCCAAGGCUGUGAGAGAGCUCGAAUCAGGACUGCAGACCAGAGAGAAACUGUCAGAGCAGAUCGUCGACCUGGACUCCUGGGUUUUGGCUCAUCUGCAUAGGGAGGCCUCCAGGAGUCCAGACAGUGAGCUCAGGAGCCCGACUGAACUUGAUCGUAGAGUUCGUCAGAUCCGAGAGACCCUGGCGUUGGCUGAGAAGCAGGCCACUGUCUGUGAGGCUCUUCUGAUGAAGAGCAAAGACAUCACCUCUGAACUCAGCAUCACGGAGAACUGUCAGCUGUUUGACAAGCUCAUCGACCUCCAGGAGGACAUCAGAGCCAUCAGCAGCUACGAGAAGGCCAACAAAAAGGAGCAGGAGGAACUCACCCAGACUGUGGAUUCAAGCAAGAAAAACCUGGCCACCAUUGAAACGAGCCUGAGGCAGAUGUCAGGAGAUCUGAGACGACACAGGUUCCCCAUCACAAGCGAGUCCCUGCAAGCUUUGGAACCUUUCAAACACGUGAUUUUGGAGCACAAGUCCCAGGUUGACCUUCUGCAACGGUGGAUUCCCAGAGAAAAGACGAAGGAACUCUACUCAGUUAUUUCAGAACUUCUCAGCAAUAUUGUCACUCUGGAAAUGAAAGCCAGAAGUCAUGAGAGGUACCUGAACAAGAGGCAGUGUGUGGAGGACCUCAGGGAGCACGUUGAGGAGCAGGUCCGUCAGACCAAAGACGACAGCAAGGCGCUCGAGGACAAGUACAAGAUCUGUCAGACCCUCCUCGUCCAGCUUCCUCUCAUACAGUAUAUGUCUGAGGAGGCCGGCCAAGAACUCCAGGUGAUCUCCGCCGAUCUUUACCCCUCACAGCUGAGCGCAGAGGGACAGAGACUGAAGCAAAACGAGGGAAGCCUGGACACGUUGGAGAUGACGCUCUACAACAACCUCAGCAUCAUAGAGUGGAAUCUGCUGAAGGAACUGGACCUUGACUCAGAGAGGGCAGCCACUCGGGCCUUCCUUUGCAAGACCCAGCAGGAGCUCCAGAAAAUCCCCACGCUGGAACCCAACGAAAUAGUAAUUAACAACCAAUACCAGAUGAUCAUGUCUUUGAAAAAGACUGUCGAGUCAAGAAUGAGAGCACUGGAGGUUCUCGAGCAGAAGAAAGGAAACAGACAAGGAAGUGGAUCCCAAGAUCUGAUCGACUUGAAGAUUGCAGUGCUCAAUGAAUGCGACUCACAAAUGGAGAACAUCUCUCAGGCUAAGGAGUCUCUGAGAAGCUACACGAGUGCUGUUAGACAAGCAGCUCAAUUCCUGAGGGACAUCGAGGUUUCUCUGCUGCCGCCGCAGGGCUCUGCUGGACUCUGCUCCGAGAGGCUAGAGGAGACCCAGCAGGCUUUGGCCUCGCUGCAGCAGCAGUUCCAGACCCACGUGGAGCAGCUCCAGAGCCAGGACGCCUUGCAUCCUUACCUGUCCCCCCAGAGGGUGCAGCAACUCCAGGAGAAUAUUCUGAGCCACCUCCUGGUGAGGAUGUCCACCCUACAGGCAAAGGGACACAUGCGACUGGAGUGUCUCAGCAGUUGUGCAGAACAUUACAGAAAAUACACCAAGAGCCAAGAUGAAAUCAUCCAGAGUGUGCAGAGCGCAGUGAGCAGCCUCUCACAGUUCAUCAGUCAAAAGGUCACCUGUCACGCUGACUGCACUGACCAGCACACCAAACUCAGAGUUCUGUCUGAGGAGGUGGAGUCCCUGCAGAGGCGUCUGGAGGAGGUGAAGGAGUGGUGCCCGGAGCAGAGCUGUCGUGGAGGCAGGGAGGCCGCCGUGGCUGCUGUCUGGAAACAAGUAUCAAGACUACGGCGCUGCACACAAGAGCUGACGACUCGUAGUGAACGGAGGAUUGCAGAAUGGAUCCAAAUCACCAACAGUGCGAAGAAGGCCUCCGCUCUCCUGGAGCAGGUGGAGGCAGAGCAUCCCGAUGGAUCCCGGGUGAAGGCCUCCACCGAGGACCUUCAGGACCUGCUGCAGUCCUGGGAGCAGUACCAGGACAGACUGGACUGCGAGCAUCGAGCCCUGUCCGCAUUGGAACUGCGCGCCGCCAGGCUGCUGGGUGUCCCUGCCCACCUGGAGCAGGCGCCACCCGCUCCGCUCUGUCAGCAGCUGCAGGCGAUGCACGGUCGCUACGGCAGUGUGAAGCAGAGGAGCAGGGAGGGUUUGAAGGCGGCCAGGAUGGAGGUGGAAGAGAGAGAGCGGGUUCGGAAGGAGCUGCAGGGCGUUGAGGUUUGGCUGCAGGCUGCAGAUGCUCUUCUGUCAGAGAUGGAGCAGAGCAGCAGCACACAGGAGCUUCAGGAGGUUCACAGCCAGCUGUGUAACCAGAAGGCUUUGCUGCAGCGCAUCAUGGAGAGCCUGAAGAUGAAGUACUCUGACAUGUACACUCUGGUCCCGGUGGAGAUCGACGGCCACAUGCAGGAGGUCACACAGUCGCUGCAGCAAGUAGAAGUCAAGGUGGGGGAGGCUGUGGAGAUGAGCGGCCCCGUCUACAGGCUGGGGGCCAAGCUGUCUGAGAUCCAGGCCGGCCUGACGUCGGUUCAGAAAAGACUUGAACAGAGAAGUCCCAACAUGGCUCAAGCUAAGGUCACCCAGAAGCGUGCGUGGGAUGAGCUGGACGUGUGGCACUCGUGUGUGGCGGCGAUGGAGGUGGACAUGCAGGACUUGGAGAAGCCAGAGGAGGUGCUGAUCCUCACCGAGAGGCUUGUGGAGGUCCAGGAGCUGCACUCCCUUCUGGCCAAACAGGCGGAGCAGAGGACCACCCUCAUCAGCAAGAUCCACACGUGGCUUCAGCAGCAUCAGGAGAUGAUCAGCAGCUCUAAGAGCUGGAUGACCGAGGCCAAGUCGUGGCUCGCUACCCCCUGCACCUACACCACCGCCAAAUGUCUGAGCAGCCAUGUUCACACUCUGCAGAUGGUGCUGGACGACUCGGCACAGAUCCGAACCACGCUGCAGGGCUUCGGCUCCAUCCUGAAGGAAAUGUCUCAGGUUUGCGACGUCACAACUCUCCAGGAGCAGCUGGACGAAGCCGAUCACCAAGUGGCCAUCGUUCAAGACGGCUUCACCGCUCCUCUGUCUCACCUGGGCCACGCUGCUGCUGAGGUGGAAGCCAUUGAGAGUGAAGUCAGACGGAUGGAGAGCGAUGUGGCUGAGGUCAAGACCUUACUAUUGUCUCCAGAGACUUUCCCCAGCCCCAGAGAAGAACGCCUCAAGGUCAUCGAGCAGAAGAUCCAGUCCAUGAGGAGGACCAUAGCUGAGAUCCAGAAGUGCAAACCAGGCCUUUGUCUUCCAGAGAAGGCUGAGGAGACUUUGGUUGUCUUUACUGUAGUGGACAAGCUCCAGACUCAUCUGCUUGAACUGGAGAAGAAAGUCCCUGCUCUGUUCUUCCAGCAGCCUGCGACUCCGGUCCAAUCCAAAGCUCCGUCAGCUCAGCAGAAGACCUCUCAACCUCGACUCCUCAAAUCCGCUUUAGCGGAGGCCGAGAAGAAAGACGUGGAGCAGGGACAAAUCAGAGUUGUCCAUGUUAAAGAGGACAUAUUAACGGGAUCCGGAGCGUCGCUGCUGACCGUGGAGCGGUCCUCACCUGAGCAGACACCUGGCAGCACUCAGAGGGAGCGUCCCGUCGGGCUCCAGGCUGACGGAGCCACAGAGAGAUCAGGGAGUCAGGAGCAGAGAGUGGAAGGAGGUGGAGGAGGUGUUUGGUGGUGGCUCUGGGAUGCUUUCCUGGCCGCUUCGCCAGAGGUACCUGAAGAGACUGAAGGUGCCACUGGACAGAGCACUGGACAGACUGGAGAAGAUAGAAAGGAUGUUGAGGGCCCCACUGAAGCAAGUUCAUCUGAAGCUUUAUCAAACCCCCCGGGCACAGUCACAACUCAGUCCCUGCCUGAGAGCAUGGAGCUCAUGAAGGGACAGAGGGGGCUUGCAUGGAGGGGGGACGACCCAGAGGGGCUGAGGACAGUAUAUACACAGAGAGCACACACACCUGCCCAAAACACACUCACUAAGGACUCACACACACCUAGUGAGGGAGUCACAGCUGUAACAGCUGGAGGACCAGAAAGCAGUGAGGUGGACAGCGGUAUGCGGCCAAUCCUGCCAACAUCUGGAGAAGUUCUGGUAAAACCCAGAAGUCCUCUAGUAACAGCAGCAGCACUGCAUGCAUACACAACAUCUCAGCCACAUAUAACACCAGCAGAACGAGCAGAGGCCUCAGAGCCUGCAGCCUCCCCCACCUGCAGGUUCAGGCUGCAGCAUCAGGACGACGCUGAGGGCCGGCGUCCUGCAGCUGCUUCGGCCCCGGAGGAGCCCCGGCUCGGGCCCCGCCCCCGAGAAGGCGUCCUCCAUGUGUGCCUGCAGAGGGUCGGCCAGCUGGAGCUGUGGCUGCAGGAAGCCCGGAGGAGCCCGGUAGCCGGCGGAGCCGCUGGCUCGUCCGCCAUGCAGGACAACGUGGAGCAGCAACUCCUCACCUGCCAGGAGAUGUUCCUGGAGAUCGAGCAGAGGGUUUCUGGCCUGUCGGCAAUCGGUCAUCCAACCGACCGGCAGCAUGACGAGGCGGCCGAGCUGCUCUCCUCCAAACUGGAGCUCCUGAAGGCCAAUCUGGUGUCGUUCCAACAGCUGCUGCAGGACCGACAGGGAGAGGAGAGGAGAGAGCCUCAGGAACAGACGUCGGCUCCUCAUCCAGAGCGUCGCUCUCAGUUGAGGCGCAGCAGCAGCGUUCAGGAGAUCUUCUCCUCUCCCAGAAACAAGCUGCUCAGACAGAGCAGCCUGCAGCAGCAGAAGGAGUUGGAGCUGGGGCUGACUGAACAGAGAGGACUGACUCGGGCCAUCGCCAGGCAGGGCAGCAGGACUCCCCUCCACAGCCGGGGAGCAGAGCACCACGGCCAGCUGUCUUCACGGUCGCCUCCUGCUGAGGCUGAUGCGGAGGAGGACUCCGCUCAGAAGAAGUGGGCCGGCCUUCACAGCCGGCUGCUGGCUGUGGAGGAGAGCUGGCUGCUUCCUCCCUCCGAGGUGACAGACUCAUCUACGAGGCAUAGUGAUGGAACAGCAGGACGCAUGAUUGGCACACAGACCAUGAAAGAGCUCCAAACCCACAUCAGCCGUCUGAGAGAGUUGGGAAUCGCAGCGACAGAGCCGCUGGAUCAAGUACGGGCUCAUUGUCAGGACAAGAUGUAUGCUGGGACGCCCCCAAGGGGCCAUGAGAUUAAUGCCUCCCAUGUGGACAGCUCCCGUCAGACACUCGAUGAGGGUUUGUUUCAUGUCCUGAGUGGGACAUCCCUGUCCCUGUCCUCCAUCAACAGCCUGCUGCACUCGCCUGCUGGGACGACCCAUGAGGGGGACACAGAGUGGAGGCUGCUGCAGACUCUGUCUGCAGAGCUGGCUACCCUUGGCAGUGAGCUGGCCUCUCAGGGGUCAGAUGUCAGCCGUGUCCUGGGGUCAGAGUGUGCUCGGCAGUGUGUGGAUGAUCUGUGUCGAGUGCUUCCUGUGGUCCGGUCUGCACUGACCAGCAGAGAGAAGCAGCUCACAAACCUGCAGGAGGAGCUGACGAAGCACCAGAUACUACCAAAUGAGUUGCAUGCAGCCUUCACUUCUAACCAGGCGACGGGUCACCAGAUCACUAAUGAGUUCAGUGGAACCCUGGACCUUAACAAACAGCUGCAGGCUUUGGUUGACGUGCAGGAGUCUCUGCAGCAGCAGGUGGAGCAGGUGAGCUCCCUGCUGGAGGCUGACCGACGCCACCUGCCUCCCUCUAUCAUCCAGCAGGCCUCGCAGGGGGAGAUGGAUGGUUCUCUGGGUGGUGUUCGCUCCCGCUGUGAGGAGCUGAAGACCAGCGUGGAGCUGCAGCAGCAGUACGAGCGGCUGGUUUACAGCCUGCAGGAGCUGCUGGCUCUGGGCUCCGAACGCCUCGCCCAGCGGCCCGACACCGAGCUGCACAGCAGAGCUCAGCUCCAGCAGCAGCUCAGCGGUCACACGAAGUUUUUCCAGUUCCUGGGCCAUCAUUUUAAGAUCCUGCAGCAGCUGACCCAGAGAGUCCCAGAGAGCGCCCUCCAGAGGUGGGAGGGUGUAGUGACGGGCCUGCAGGACGAGGUGGCCCGACUGCAGCAGCACGGACUGGAGAAAGGCACCAGGAUGCAGGAAACAAUACAGGUGUGGUCACAGUGGGAGGAGGACAGCGCUUGGUCAGACUCCCUGCUGAGAGCCAAUGAGGCUUCAUUUCCCAAGAUGCAUGUGGGGGUUAAUCCUGAGAAGCAGAUAUCAGAGAAGCUCUCCCUCUACCAGCGUGGCGUUCUGGAGGGGAACAAGGCGCGGUUCAGUCGGAUGCUGGAGGCAGGGCUCUGGCUGCAGGUGGCCGGCUGUGGAGGGGUGGGCGUGUCCACCGGCGAGCUGGAGGCCCGAUGGAGAGCCCUGCAGAAGAAGGCGGAGCUCAAACGCACCAAUGAGGAGAGGAACAGGAAGCUGAGGAGCAGGUUUUCUCGUGACUCCGCUGUGCUGGCAGACUGGAUGGGCGGAGCCAGAGAGCUCAUUGACGAAUGCAGUCGGCUCUCCGUUUCAGCUGAGGAGGAGACGGAUGCUGAACAGAGGCGUGACCGCUACCUCCAGUCUGUGACUUUGACCAAAGAGUUGGAGGCCAAAUCUGAGCUGAAGGUGGCUGUCAUCUGUGUUGGAACCCAGCUGGUUGAGCUGAGGGAGGAGGACCAGGAGCCUUCAGACCCAGGUCUCUGCUCCGUCCGCUCCCAGCUCAGACAGAUGGAGCUGGACUGGUCCGGUCUGCUGGCCGAUGUUCCUGUCGUCCAACAAGCUCUGCAUAAGCGAUGGAUGAAGACGAUGACCCAGCAGGGGGCGCUGCUGGAGCUGCAGGUCUGGCUGGAAGUUGCUGAGUCCCGUCUGGAGGAGCAUCGCAGCAGAGUCAACCGAACCUCCUCCACCAACGCUGAUCUGAGUCAGCUCCUGAAGUACUGCAAGGAGUAUCUGACAGAGAUGUUGGCGCAUCAGGCCACACUGGACUAUGUGAGCCAGCCGUUACAGACAUGCAGUACGGAGGACGGCCAGAGGAGACGCCGUGAGCACAACCAGUUUGCAGAGGAGCAGGGUCAGCUCAGCCAUCACUGGCUCAGUUUGCAGGAAACACUCAACUCUCAGCUCCAGGAGGUGGAGCAGGAGCUGAGGAGCAGAGUGGAGCGGGAGGCCCGACUGCAGCAGAUCAACAGCUGGAUUACAGAUCAGAACCUCUGGAUGGACUCGGCUCAGACGCCCAGCAGCCAGACGGAGCUGCAGAGGAGCAUCAACACCUGCCAGGAUCUUGAGGAGAAGAUCGGGCAGAAGUCUGCAGCUCUUCAGGAGUUGAGAGACGGACUUGAUGGAGGUGGAGGAGAAAAGAGCAGCAGUGAUUUCAUCUCUCGGACGGAUAAAUCCAUCCAGGCCUGUGCAGCUCUCACACAGCAGCAUGACUCAGUGAAACAGAGGCUGCUUCAGGGUCAGCAGCUGUGGGAUUGUGUGCAGAAGCGACUGAAUCAGAUGAUGCUGAAAACGGCGAGAACGUCUCAGACUCUGGAUCAUCACAGCAGCUCUCCGCUCUGCCUGCAGACACACAGAGAUCUCCAUGAAAAGCUGCAGCUUCUUCACGAGGAGACGGAAGCUUCAGAGACAGAGUGGGACGAACUGAGUCAAAGCGCCUCCUCCCUCAGAGACGUCGUCAGUCCUGCUGCCGCCGCCCUCCUCACAGAGCAGCUGGACAGACAGAAAGACGGUUGGACGGCGGUGUCCGCGGCGUUGGACCAGCAGCUCCGGAGGAGUCGGGGCGUCCUGCAGGUGUGGGAGGUCUACGGCCGGCUGGCUGCGUCUUUCUCUCAGCGGCUGCAGACGCUGCAGAGCGACGUCAGGUCGUCGCUGAGCGGAGCGGCUGCAGACGAAGACACCGAGGAGCAGCUCGCUGGCAAGAUGCACAGUGCUCAGAGUCUCCUGGAGAGGACGGGCACUCUGCAGUCCGGCCUGGAGGAGGUGCUGGAGGCCUCCAAGGACUUAAUUAGCCACCUGGAACCUUCAGCCGCCAGUCUCGUCCAAUCAGAGAGCCGGUUGUUGUCGCGUGGUGUUCAGCAGCUCAGCCAGAAGGGGGCGAGGAUGCUGGGUCAGCUGCAGGAGGAGCUUGAGCGGCUGCAGGAGUUUGGAGACGUCCUGGAGUCGCUGGAGGGAAAGCUGCAGCAAGCGGAGGCUCGGCCAGCGGACCAGUCUGGCCUCCUGGAGCUGAGCGGCCCGUCUGCUGACCUGGACGUACUGAACGAGCAGAGCUGCACCCGCACGCUGGGCGACGCGGCAGCGCGCCGCCUACGACGCCUCAACCACCGCUGGGCCGACGCCUCCGCCAGAGCCGAGGAGGCCUGCAGUGAGCUGCAGACAGAUGCACUGAGGCAGCAGAGCUUCCAGCAGAAGUGUGAGAGCUGGAUGUCUUUCCUGCAGAGGAUGGAGGACAGCCUGGCUGUGGACGUCUCCGGCUCGUACACCGGCCUCAGACAGCAGCUCUGCACACACAUGCGGUUCCAGGCAGAGCUGUCCACCGGUCACCAGAUCCUUCACUCAGUUAUCACUGAAGCUCUGCACCUGCUGCAGAAAGGAGAGGUGGAGGACAGGAGCGACUUCAUCCUGAAGCUCGCCCAGCUCAGGGAGCACUGGCAGGGCGCGGUGCAGCGGGCCGACCAGCGGCGCUCCCUGGUGGAGGGGCUGGUGAAGCACUGGCACCUGUACAGUCGCAGCCUGAGGAAGCUGCAGAGGUUCCUGUCGGAGACACAGAUGCUCCUCCCCCCCGCCGGACCGGCCCACUGCAGCCUGCAGCAGCUGCGGCGCUCCCUGCAGGACCUCCAGCACACAGAGCUGCUGUUCCAGAGGUACCAGUGCAGCUUCAUCCACACUCUGGAAGUCGGCCGGCAGCUCUUCUCCAUGGGGGACGAGGAGACCCAGACCCGGCUGCAGACGGACCUGGGAACCCUGCAGGAGGAGUGGGACAACCUGCACAGCCUGCUGGGCCGGAGGACGGAGCUGACCGAGGAGAUCGUCAAGAACUGGGAGUGCUGCGAGUCCGGACUAGCAGACCGCACGCUGCAGCUGAAGGACCUGAAGACCAGACUGAACCAGUCGAUGCCAGAGUUUGACGAUGAGCUGCUGAGCGCUGAGGAAUACAACAAGGAGAACGAGGACUCGCUAGAGGACUGGGCUGAGAGCCUGACGGAGCUGAGCACCAUGAAGACGGAUCUGUCCCAGUACAUCAUCGCCGACGACAUCCUGCUGCUGCAGGAGCAGGUGGAGCACCUGAACCGUCAGUGGGAGGAACUCUGCCUGAAGGUGUCUCUGCGUAAACAGGAGAUCGCAGAUCGCCUGAACGCCUGGAUCAUCUUCAACGAGAAGAACAAGGAGCUGUGCGAGUGGCUGACGCAGAUGGAGAACAAGGUGGCGCACAACUCCGACCUCAACAUCGAGGAGAUGGUGGAGAAGCUGAAGAAGGACUGCAUGGAGGAGAUCAACUUGUUCAGUGAGAAUAAAACCCAUCUGAAGCAGCUGGGAGAACAGCUCAUCACAGCCAGCAACAAGACGAAGGAGACGGGGGUCAACGACAAGCUGACGGACGUCAACGACCGCUGGCAGCAUCUGUUUGACCACAUCGAGAACAGGGUGAGAAAGCUGAAGGAGACGCUGGUGACGGUGCAGCAGCUUGAUAAGAACAUGAGCAACCUGCGGACAUGGCUCUCUCGCAUCGAGGCGGAGCUGGCCAAGCCGGUGGUCUACAACGUCUGCCACAGCGACGAGAUUCAGAGGAAACUGUCCGAGCAGCAGGAUCUGCAGCGGGACAUCGAGCAGCACACGGACAGCGUGGCGUCGGUGCUGACGCUGUGCGACGUCCUGCUCCACGACGCCGAUGCCUGCGGCGACUCCGAGAACGACUCGAUCCAGCAGACCACGCGUAGCCUGGACCGACGCUGGAGGAACAUCUGCGCCAUGUCCAUGGAGAGGAGGAUGAGGAUCGAGGAGACCUGGCGUCUCUGGUGUAAGUUCCUGGAUGACUUCUCUCGCUUUGAAGACUGGCUGAAGACAUCUGAGCUCACCGCAGCGAACCCGGACUCUGCCGACGUCCUCUACACCAGCGCCAAGGAGGAGCUCAAGAAGUUCGAGGCGUUCCAGCGGCAGGGUCAUGAGCGCCUGACUCAGCUGGAGCUGGUCAACAAGCAGUACCGCCGCCUGGCCCGAGAGAACCGGACCGACGCCGCCAGCAAGCUCAAAGUCCUGGUCCACGAGGGGAACCAGAGGUGGGACAGCCUGCAGAAGAGGGUGGCGUCUGUCCUCCGCAGACUCAAGCACUUUACCUCUCAGAGAGAAGACUUUGAGGGAACGCGUGAGGGGAUCCUGGUCUGGCUGACGGAGAUGGACCUCCAGCUCACCAAUGUGGAGCACUUCUCAGUGAGCGACGUCGAGGACAAGAUGAGGCAGCUCAACGGCUUCCAGCAGGAGAUCACCCUGAACACCAACAAGAUCGACGCCCUCAUCGUGUUCGGGGAGAACCUGAUCCAGAAGAGCGCCCCUCUGGACGCCGUGCUGAUCGAGGACGAGCUGGAGGAGCUGCACUCCUACUGCCAGGAGGUGUUCGGCAGAGUGGCUCGCUUCCACCACCGCCUCGUCAACAGGCGCCCGGUUCUGGAGGAGGAGAGGGAACUGUCAGACCGGGACACCGACCUGGACGACGCAGCUGAUCUAACCAACGGAACGUCCUCCUGGGAGGAGGCGAGGAAUGAGGAGGAGGAGGAGGCUCCAGCAGUGGGUGGAGUCUCAGCUGGACGGCAGGCCGUGUGUCACCUCCUAGUGCCCCCUCUGGAGCGGUCGGGAAGAGAGACCCCCGUCAGCGUGGACUCCAUCCCGCUGGAGUGGGACCACACUGUGGACGUGGGAGGGUCGUCGUCGCAUGAGGACGACGAGGACGACACCUACUUCAGCGCCCUGUCAGACGUGAAUGUCACAGAGAGCUCAGAGUCCUUUGUUAGAGCGACUGUCGGAGCAGCGACGGCUGCCUCGGUGAAGUCCUUGACUGACCCGCCCAGCUGGCACCAGCCCGGCUCCCCAGAGCGGAAACGGGUUCCCCGAGAAAUCAUCCGAGGUCUGAACUCGUCUCCCACACACACCACCAGUACUCCCUUCCACCAGCAGGGCUACGCUAAGCUGAUGUCGGAGUGCAGCGGCACCAUCAACAGCGUGAAGAGGGUGAAGCUGAUCCUGAACGACGAGGGGGAUCUGGAGGAUCCGGGUCUGACCAGCAGCACGGCCGACAAGCAGACCAGCACAGGUGUGAUCGAGCGCUGGGAGCUGCUACAAGUGCAGCAGUUCAGCAGCGAGACGGACAUCAAGCAGGACCUGGAGCAGUGGCAGAAGCUGAACUCUGACCUCUGCGAUGUCACUUCCUGGUUGGGCCGGGUGCUGCCAGAGCUAGAGAGGCUACAGCGCAUCGAACCGUCCACCGACAUCCGAGACCUCGAGCUCAACAUCAGGAAACUAAAAGAGAUGCAGAAGACCUUCAACAGCUACAAGUGUCUGAUGAUCUCCGCCAACCUGAGCAGCCGGCAUUUCCUGCGGGGCGACAGCGCCGAGCUGCGGGAGCUGCAGGACGCUCUCGGCUCAGCCAAUCGCAGCUGGACGCAGGCCUGCGGCGGCCUGGAGAGCUGGGAGAGGAGGCUGCACUCUGCACUCAUGCAGUGUCAGGAGUUUCAUGAGACGCUGCACUCUCUGCUGCUGUGGCUCGCUCAGGCUGAGAACAAACUCUCUGUCGUGAAUGUCGUCGACCAGUCGAUGCCUCGCUCUGUCCUGCUGCAGCAUCGGGACAUGCUGACGGCUCUGCAGGAGGAGCUGCGCGGCCGCCAGCGGGAGGUCUCCUCGCUGCAGGAGAUCUCCUCUCAGCUCCUCCUGGAGGCCACGGGAGAAGACAGCCUGGAGGCCAAGGAGAAGGUCCACGUCAUCGGCAACAAACUGCAUCUCCUGCUGCGGCAGGUGGCUGCUGACCUGAGCACGCUGCAGGGAAGACUGGAGCGCUGCUCAGCCAGCUCAGAGGUGGACGGCAUCGGUCUGGGAGCACUCGGCUCUCCUCUGCUGCUGCACAAGGAGGCUGCAGGUCUACAGGCAGCUACAGUUGGACAACCAGUGACUAAAAGGGAGGGGAGGAGGGAUUCUUCCCCACGGCGAUCCUUCUUCCACCGGGUCCUUCGAGCUGCCUUCCCCCUACACCUGCUCUUCUUCACGCUGCUGGUUCUGGCCUGCCUGGUGCCUCUGUCUGAUGAGGACUACAGCUGUACGCUGUCCAACAACUUCGCCCGCUCCUUCUACCCAAUGCUGCGCUACACCAACGGCCCUCCGCCCACAUGAAAGCUGCCAUAGCCUGAUCAAUCAUGUGAGCUUGAAAUCAAAAUGGAGCCUUGAACAGUGUUAAUGUGCAGGUUCAAAGACACUUCUCCCUUCCACAAAAACGAAGCCCCGCCCAUCAAAUUUUUUUUGGUGUAUUUCAAAAUAUAUUUAUUGUUUGUGGAGUUCCACAGUUACAAAAAAAGAAGCCAUAUCACUGGUUCGUUUGAAAGUUUUGUGAUUUUUAAAUGUAGUUUAUCGUCCCCACCAAACAUCUUCAAUACCUGAUUUUAUUACCUACAGAAUAUUUUAAUUUUUGUACUUUCACUGUUCUAAACUGAAGGAAAAGGAGAACACGAGCCAUUUUCUACCACUGCAGCUGUUUUUACUGUUUUCAUAGAAGGAAGCCACUUGUUGAUCGCACAUUUUGUACAGAAACGUUGUUCGAUUGAUAUUUAAAGUGACGAUCUGUAAGAUAUGACAUAUUAAAAAAUGACGGCGGUGAUUCAUCUGCAGACAUGCCUUUCUGUAGCCAACAGAACUACCAUAACUUCAAUUAAUAAUGUAAUUUUCUUGGUUUCAUUGACGAUGUUUGUAUAUAAGGGCAAACUACUGACAGAGAAAUAGUUCAAUUGUUGUUUCUGCAUUUGAGUGUGAUACUGAUAUCUGUAUUUAACAAUGGGGCAAUAGUUUACAUGCCAGUGGAUUAAAAUGACAGAUGUUUUCCUAUGCGUAUGUUAACUUUACUGUCAGUGUACUGGAGGUCUUUUCUCAUUAUGUUAGUGGAUCACAGAAAUUAAAAGCUGCAUUAGCAGUUUCUUGACCACUAGGGGGCAGAAAGAGUCGAGACGCAUCACUGAUAAAGCAAUAGCUAAUCAACUGCUUUAAGCUAACGGUAACAUAAACCACUAACACGUUAGACAUUAAUCCUCAGUGCAUUUGGUACCAUGAGCAACAAUAUCACAUUAAAUUUUCGUCAUUUGAUUCAAUGUUUUAUCAAAAGAAAUCAUUGAAUGAAGUUUUAAAAGUUAGUUUUUUCAAACGCUUAAUAUUGAUGCCACAUUAUUAGCUUUGGCAUCACGCUGUCCCAGUUGACCCCCAUGGAGUAAAGCCCUGCAGGUGUCAAACAUCCAGCAGGGUUAAACAAAGACUGAUUUUAAAUAGUUUGUGGUUAAUGCGAUAAUGUACAUAAAUGACUUACCUGAACACUGCUUUAACACACUUUUCAGUCAUGUAGUUGAAGAACUGGUAUCAAAAUAUUACAGAACAUGAAUGUAAGUCAUCCUUUGGGCAUUGAAUGUAGCUGUGUAUAAGCACAAUCAAAGAUCGUUAAAUGUGUUUCAUUUACAGUGUUAAUAUUAUUGAUCCUAAAUGUUAAGGAGAAAGUAUGAUUUGAUUCGAAAACUCAGUAUUUGAUCCUAAUUUGUACCUAAUCUCAGCGUCACACUCAGCAGAACAGAAACCAACAACAAAAUGUGUGUAAAGUUUGAUUUAUUUUGUGAACUAUUAUUUAUGGGAUGUAUAGAUUGACAAUAAACUGUUUGCCAUGA